GUCAUCGGAUAUAAUUGUGCUUGGAGAGGCGGUUCAACUCGGCAGCGCUCAAAAGGAUUUCGGCUCCAAAACGGCUGGCGGCUAGCGGCGGGGGAUUGAUGACCUCGGUCCAAGCUCUAGCGGGCAUGCGGGCGGUCUUGUACCUGCUUGACCGACUUCAAGCUCCAAAUCUGGUUUGAAAUUUCUUUGCUUACCUUCUCAAUUGUUGAUUAUACCACAGAAUAUUGAAGUUAUUCCAAAGUCGCAGCUUCAAACAAUAAUAGAACAUCUUUCGAACUCAAUUUCCCCGCCACAACUCAGAUCUACCCCACAAUACCCCGCGCUCAACCGUGCUCCAACAUGGCUAUGAAUGCGAGAACUGCCUCGUCGGCAUUGAGGACAUUCCGACCAUUAGCUGUCCGUCCUGCCAUUCUCCCUGUCUCCCGAAACUAUGCCACCUCCUCCGAGCCAGAUCUUAAGACAACCUUUCAAGAGGCUAUCCCGGCCAAAAGAGAGCUUUUGAAGAAGGUAAAAGCCUUGGGAGGCAAGGUUAUUGGCGAUGUGAAGGUUGAGAACACAAUUGGAGGCAUGAGAGGAUUAAAGGCGAUGGUAUGGGAAGGAUCAGUUCUUGAUGCAAACGAGGGCAUUAGAUUUCACGGGCGAACGAUCAAAGACUGCCAAAAGGAGCUUCCAAAAGGCACAUCUGGCACAGAAAUGCUACCAGAAGCCAUGUUCUGGCUCCUGUUGACUGGACAAGUCCCAUCCACUUCUCAAGUGCGGGUAUUUUCUCGCGAGCUUGCUGAGAAGUCAGAACUUCCAGAGUUUGUCAGCAAGAUGCUCGACAACUUCCCAAAAGAUCUUCACCCAAUGACACAAUUCGCCAUUGCUGUCUCAGCACUCUCUCAUACGUCCAAAUUCGCGAAAGCCUACGAGGCAGGUAUCAACAAGGCUGACUACUGGGAACCCACUUUUGACGACAGCAUCUCACUUCUUGCAAAGCUCCCAACAAUUGCUGCCAAGAUUUACCAGAACUCGUACCAGGGUGGUGGAGCUCUUCCAGCGAAGGUUGACUUGGAGCAAGAUUGGUCUUAUAACUUUGCCGCCAUGCUUGGCAAGGGUGGAAAGGAGAACGAGAACUUCCAGGAUUUGUUGAGAUUGUAUUUGGCUCUGCAUGGAGACCAUGAGGGUGGCAAUGUAUCAGCUCACGCUACUCACUUGGUUGGAAGCGCAUUAAGUGAUCCCUUCCUGAGUUACAGUGCUGGUCUGCAAGGCCUGGCUGGACCACUUCACGGUCUUGCUGCCCAAGAAGUCCUCAGAUGGAUCCUCCAAAUGCAAGAACAUGUCGGAACUAAAUUCACUGACAAGGAUGUCUCCGACUACCUCUGGUCCACCCUCAAGUCCGGCAGAGUCGUUCCAGGAUACGGCCAUGCCGUUCUACGCAAACCAGAUCCUCGUUUCGAAGCACUCAUGGACUACGCAUCUUCUCGACCCGAAAUCGCCAAGGAUCCAGUCUUCCAACUCGUUAAGAAGAACUCCGAAAUCGCUCCUGAGGUAUUGAAGGAGCACGGAAAGACCAAGAACCCAUACCCCAACGUUGACUCAAGCUCUGGCGUUCUCUUCCAUCACUAUGGUUUCCAUGAGACUCUUUACUACACUGCUACCUUUGGUGUCAGCAGAGGGUUGGGACCAUUGGCUCAGCUCAUCUGGGACCGAGCACUGGGUCUGCCGAUUGAGAGACCAAAGAGUAUCAACUUGGAGGGUCUGGUCAAGUUGGCUGAGAGUGCAUGAUUUCUUGCUAUCUGGAUUAUGGGUGUUCAAAAUUGCGAUUUUAGAGUGUAAUGAAAUGCCACUUCUCUCACCUACUCCUG